UCAGUUGAUUGAUUGCGUGUAAUGAAAAUGGAGAAUGUUUUCAUAAAAUUGAAUUAUUUAUUUCGUCAUUCAAUCCUACAAAAAGAGUCGAUAACAUGACAUAACACUGGAAAAAUGUCAGAAAUAGAAAUUACAACCACUGCUAACUCAGAAAAUAACAAUGACAAUACAGAAAAAGUGGAAGAAACAGAACCGUCACCUGUUGGUGAUUCUAAAUGUGAUAUGCAGGAAGUAAACAAUGCAUCUCGAGAUGAAUCGGAAGCUGAUUUAUCGAAUACAAAAGAAAAUAACACUUCAGAAAAUCAAGAUAAGAAAAGCCCAUUGAAAAGAAAUGUGAAAUUUUGUGGUGAUAAACCUGUGUCCGGUUAUCUUGAACCUCCAGAUCCUUGGAAAAAUGCACCAAGUUGGACUUCAGCAGAUCUAAUUAAUUCAUACAAAGAAAGCUGUAACAAGCACAACACCAGGCCUAUUCCCACUAUACUAAAUCAGUUACAGGGAAUAGAAAAUGUUGGUGAACGCUAUGCAAUCCUGAGUUUGAAAGGUGAAAAACUUGACAUGAAGAAUGUGGAAACUUUGGAAGAAAUUUUUAAGUUUGUUCAAUUUCAUUGUGUUGAUUUGGAGGGAACACAUUUAGAUGAGGAGACGUCUGUAGCAAUAUUUGAGAUGAUAGAAUAUUAUGAGAGUGCUUGUAAAGUUAAUGUUUCCUUCAACAAAGGUAUAUCAAUAAGAGGCUGGCAGUCCUGUGCUAAAAUGGUCAGAAAGACUCCUGCUUUAACAUUCCUAGAUGCCAGAAGCUGUGAUAUCAAUGAAAGAUCAUUACCUAUUAUGGGGAGAGCCCUCAGAAUGGGUUGUUUCCUGAAAAUACUCCAUUUAGAAAAUACUUAUUUGUCUGGCCGAUCUCUGGUCAUACUUGUUGCAGCUAUAAAGAUGAACGACGUUCUUAAAGAACUAUUUUUAGCUGACAACAAGUUAAUGCCUACAGAUGGAAUACAAAUAGGAAGUCUACUAAAGUAUAAUCAUGUAUUAGAGUUACUGGAUCUUAGAAAUAAUCCUUUACAGGAUAUAGGCAUUACACAUGUGUGUGAUGGUUUAUAUGAACAGAAUUUAGACCAAGGUUUAAAUACUCUGGUUCUGUGGAAUAAUCAGCUUACCUAUCAAGGCAUGGCAGCCAUAGCUAAAGCUCUUACCUCUACCCAAUGUCUAGAGACUUUAAAUUUAGGACACAAUAAUAUAACAAACGAAGGAAUUCAUCAAAUGAAGGAGGGACUUCUACAGAACAAAUCUUUAUUACGUCUUGGUCUACAGGGAACUAAAGUCACUUGUGAAGGAGCAGUAGCAUUAGCAGAAGUAAUAGCAGACAGUCAGAAUUUUUUACGAAUUGAUUUACGCGAGAAUGAGAUAAAAACAGCUGGAUUGAUGGCAUUAUCAUUAUCACUUAAAGUCAACGAUAUUUUACAUCGACUGGACUUGGAUAAAGACCUAAAGAAAGAAACUGGAAUAAAAGACUAUGCAGAUCAACAGAAAAGAUUGCUGCAUGACAUUAACAAAAAGUUGGAGGACAAUCGAGAAAUGUUUUAUAAAUUGGAAAGAGAGAAAAAUUUAGAGAAGGCCAAACAGGCUAAAGAACAUGAUGAGGAGGAAUCAGAGAUGACAUAUUUUGAGCAUUGUGAUAAAGUGAGACGGCCUAGUUUAUUAUGUAUGCCAGACUGUCCUCGUGAAGUCACUUUAGAUUCUCCCCGUUGUAUAGAAGAACCUGUUGAUUACAUUCCAUUUUCAGCUCCAAACUCUGUUAUUACAACACCCCCUGGGGAAUUACUUCUGUCCCCACAGUUCUGUCCCUCUGUGAAAGCUCGUAAAAUAUUCACAGUCACGAAAUGUGCUCCCCAUCCUUCUGGUUUAAGUAUACCUUCUAUACGACCACCAGCAGGGGAACAUCCAAUAGCACUAUCUUCCUCUGCAUCAGUGUUACCGUUACAGCCAGUGCUAAUAAACUCAUCCAGUGACAUUCCAAAUAAUUCAGAUAUAAUGAACAGUGAUGGUGAUAAAAUCACUAUAACAUCAAUUCCAAAAAUAGAACCGUUGACUGUUUCUGAUGUUACUAUUGCUCUUGUAAAUGAAAGUGUAAACCAAUUUCUUAACCAAAUUAUCUGUGAUGACUCUACAAAAACUGGUUCUACAAAAGACAUGGAUGUAUCAGAGUCUACAGACACAAAAUUAAGUAAUGCUAGUGUUGUGACUACUGACAUGGAUGCAAAUGGCGAUCAUAGUGAAAUAAAUGUGCAAUCAAACAAUGACGAAAAUCCUCUACCAAAGAUAUCAGAUUCUGAAGAAAAGAGCAAUAAAAAUGAUUUACAGAAUUCUGAAUUAUCUAAUGUUGUGAUAAACAAUAGACAAUUAGAACUAAUAGCUAAUAGGGAAACUGACUCUGGCGUGGGGAGCUACGAUUCUGAACAGUGGACAAAUGUUGAAGAUGCUGUUGUCAAACCUAAUUUCCAAACUUCACUGACAUUAAAUGGACUUACACAAGAAUUAGCUAAUGCUAUUGAAGGACUAGAAGUCGUUCCUGAUAAUUCACAAUCAUCUUGUAAUGGUCUGACAGAAGAAUUAGCCAGUACCAUGGAUGGAUUGAAUGUUCCAGCUAACCAAUCAGAAGGUGAUGUAAGUCCUGAUGAUUUUGAAAGAGAAUUGGAUGAAAUGUUAGCAAAUGUUAAAAUGACAUCUAACAUAAUCCCUGAAAUCCGAUUUCUGAACAUAUAUUUGGUGGAAAUGCCGCUGUUUGAAGCUUUAAGUUACAGCAGUGAUAAAAAUGUUGUUAUUUUAGACAUCGGAGCUGUAUAUACAAAAUGUGGUUUAGCAGGUGAAACUGGACCAAGAUGUAUUAUUCCUUCUGUAGUGAAGAAUGAAAAAACUGAAAAGGUUGUGAAAAUAUGGGAGUUUAGCAGUACAGAAGAAUUAUAUGAGAAUCUCAAAAAUUUUCUAUUUCAAUUAUUUUUCAGGAGUUUAUUGGUAAAUGCUAAAGACAGAAGACUGGUUGUGUGUGAAUCUAUACUAUGUCCUUCCCAAGUGAGAGAAACCCUAGCCAAAGUUCUCUUUAUACAUUUUGAGGUGUCAUCUGUUAUGUUUGGAGCUGGUCACCUAUUGUCUAUGUUGACCUUGGGUACCAACACUGGUUUAGUUAUUGACCUUGGAUACUCAGAAACAGUUGUUGUACCUGUAUAUGAAGGCAUUCCAGUUAUGAAAGCUUUACAGGCUAUACCUAUAGCUGGAAAGGCAGUACAUAGGAAGAUAGAAGAUCUGCUAAAGGACACUGCUAAAAUAACUGAAGAUGGAGAGGAUAAACCUGUUUCAGAAGUUCCAGAUUGCUUGACUGAAGAACUUCUGGAAGACAUCAAAGUUCGCUGUUGUUUUGUGACAAAUUUAAAAAGAGCUAAGGAGAUACAUGAAGUAACAGUGAAGGGAGAAAGUAAAGACAAGUUACCAACUCCACCUCCCAGUGUAGAAUAUCCCCUGGACGGAGGUAAAAUUCUACAUAUUUCUGGAGAAAUUAGAGAGCACAGUUGUGAAGUUUUGUUUGAACAAGAUAAUGAAGAAGUCUCAGUAUCAACACUUAUAUUAGAUGCCAUUAUACAGUGUCCCAUAGAUAUGAGGAAAGUAUUAUCAGAGAACAUAGUUAUAAUUGGUGGGACAUCGAUGUUAGCUGGCUUUCACCACAGACUUAGAGCAGAACUUUAUGAUUUGUUAGAGAAACCAAAGUACAAGAAUAGUCUAGCCAUAAAAGAAUUUAGAUUUCAUCAAAUGCCUGCAAAACAAAACUAUGCUGCUUGGCUUGGAGGUGCCAUGAUGGGAGCAUUAGAGACUCUACCCAGUAAAUCAGUCACCAGAGAUCUGUAUAUUAUAAAUGGACAUUUAACAGACUGGUGUUCUAUAUCAUCAGAAAAACAAUGAUUUAUGUAGAUUAUCCCUAUUCGAUAUUAGUGCAAUAUUUUGGUGGUUGUUAAUGGUACAUUGUUGCUAACUGUUUAUUAUUUAUUCGACCAACUAAAUCAUGUGUCAGACAUGAAGAAAACUGCUUAUUUAUCAUUUGAAGCUGUAUUAUUAGUAUUGUAUUUGGUACUUUUAUUUAUGACAUAUAAUAUGGUAAUAAUGGUACACUUUUACAAAUUGCGAGUUGGAUAGAAAUCGUAAUUGGUAUUCAUACCACAUCAGUGGCGGAUUCAGGGGGAGGGUUCCGGGUUGGAACCCCCCUUUUUUUUAGCCGAUCAAUGCAUUUAAAUGGGGACAUAUGGUUGGAACCCCCCUUUUUUUUGGCCAAUCAAUGCAUUUGAACGGGGACAUAUGGUUGGAACCCCCUUUUAUCCUAUAUUGGGAACCCCCUUUUUAAAAUGACUGGAUCCGCCCCUGCACAUCUUCUUAUAUCUAGAUAUGGAAUUGAAAGUGUAUGUGGCAACUGGAAUGUAAAAUAAACAAAAAAUGUGUUAAGAUUUGAAUUUGUUCAAAAGAUUGAUAAACUGUUUAUCCCUCUGCUUCACAUAGCACAGAUAGUCUGGUGUUUUAUAUCUUGGGUCAGUCCCCAUGUAAAAAGGUGUGCUAAAUAUUU